AAUACUCGCUGGUGCCUGGUGAUUGCUGAGCAUUUCCGACGGGGAGGAGACCUGUAUGUAAACAAUUCAGUUCUCCUCCCUAUCAGCUCAUGCACUCUGCUUUGGAUGGUUUUCCAAAGCAGUGUGAUUAUAGUGAAGCACACACAGAGAGCUUACAGUGAAACAGCACACAUAAAACACACACAGCACACUGUUAACCCUUUGAUCACCCCAAAUAUUAACCCUUUUCUGCCCAGUGUCAGUAUAGUGUCAGUGCUUUUUAUUAGCACUGAUCACUGUAUUCGUGUCACUGGGGAUAUCAGUGGCAAUUAGUUCCCAUCCAGUGUCAGAAUGCCCGCUGCAGUCCCGCUAUAA